UUUCACCUGAUAGGACUGUUUUGAUUUUUGUUGUUUCACUUUUAUUAUUUUAUUCAGUGUUCAGUUGUAAUAACUUUAACAUGGACAUGGACCACCCUGCAGUUUGGUCUGAACUUUCCUACUCCUCAUCAGAUGAAGAAGAUCGUAACAACGGCUGCUCAAAUGAUUUGUUACUCUUAUUUUUUACUUAUAUAUUUUCACUUAAAAUGUAUUUUUUCUUAAAACUGCAUUGUUGGUUAAAGGCUUGUAAGUAAGCAUUGCACUGUAAGGUCCUCACCUGAUCGGUGCUUGUGAGAAAUACAUUUGAUUUGAUUUGGAGAAAAUGUACCUUUUCUCUCAUCUCCAACUAUCAGUAAGGCUGAAGGACAGGUUAGGUGGGCACAGCAACAUCCAAUCCUGUCAUACAUUACAUCAUGCUUUCAUUAAUUAUUUGUUUAUCCAACCGUUUGUUCAUUUGUGUGGUGUGUGUGUGUGCAGAGAUAUCCUGGGGAGGGGAGUGGCUGUCAGUAACUCAGGGAUAAAUAGAGAAGCAGAGCUCAGUUUCUCAGAAGGCGGACCUGACAGGGUCACACACAGGACCAAGCAGGAGCAGGACCUCAGCAUUUUCACCUUUUAUUACAAAUGGAGAAACAUGAAGAUGUUCAGUACUGUUUUCAAGACAGAAACUCUUCUUGCAGAAAGGCUUUGCUAUCGACAUCUAUCUACAUAACACUGUACAUCUUCUUCUCAUUGAUUUCAGCAGUUACAGUAUUUUUGAACGUACUGGUGAUCAUCUCCAUCUCUCACUUCAAGCAGCUCCACACUACAACCAACCUGCUCAUCCUCUCUCUGGCUGUGUCAGAUCUCCUGGUGGGACUGAUUGUGAUUCCGGUACUGACUGUAGCAAUAAUGGAAUCAUGCUGGGGAUUUGGGAAAUAUUUCUGUGCGUUUCAAUUCUACAUUACUUUUUUAUGUACUUCUUUAUCGCUUGGCAAUUUGGUCUUGAUAUCUAUUGACCGCUAUGUUGCUGUGUGUGAUCCCUUAUUGUACCACUCUAAAAUAACAACAACAAGAAUGAUGUGUUGUAUAUCCAUUACCUGGUGUUGUUGUAUCAUAUACGAUGCUGUUAUUAUAAAAAAAGUUGUAAAUGUGCAGGUACUGAGUAGGUGUUUGACAGAAUGUUUUAUUUUUGAAGGAAUAACCUGGGUUAAUAUCACUGACCUUGUUAUUACAAUGGUUGUCCCGUGUUCUAUUAUUAUAACACUUUAUAUGAAAAUCUUUGUGGUGGCCAGAUCACAGGCCAGAAAGGUAUUUUCAAAAGAGGCUGCCAGUGUGUCUGGUGUUAAAACUGUACAGGCAAAUAAGUCUGAGAGAAAAGCAGCAAAUACUCUUUCUAUUGUUGUUGUCAACUAUUUAAUUUGUUGGAUUCCAUCUCUAUUUAUUUUCUCUUUUUCUGUUUUAUUUGACAAUUUUUCAUCAUUUUUCAUCAUUUUUCUGCCACUUGUUAAUUCCUUAAUUAAUCCAAUAAUUUAUGCUUUCUUUUAUCCAUGGUUCAAAGUGACAGUUAAACGUAUUUUAAAUCUGUAAUGAAGGUGUUCAUAGUUCCUAUAAUUUUAUUCCCUCGGUUGGCCAACAUAGGUUUGAUAUAGUUUUGUAAUACAAUUUUUGUAAUUAUUUAUUUCAUGAAACAAUACACUGACAUUACUUAUCUCAGUGUUGUCAUCAUAGAUACAUGUGGUGUUGAUACAGAAUGAUUUGUCUGAAUUGGAAUGGAAUCACUUGGAGGAGGCAUAAGCUUGUUUUACAAAAUACAUUGUAGGCAUUGUGGAUUGUGUACUCCAAAUACCUAAGGCUGUGGUUGUUCCGUGUUACUUAAUGAUAGUAUGCAAGUAUUCUACAAGUACAUUCCGAGGACGUCAUGAGUCUUUCUAUAUGUUGUUUAGCAUCUCCCUCUAGUGGCUCAAUUGUUACACAACGUCUUCAUCCUGUGUUAAAUUGAAAUGUACUAUACUGCUUAUCAGAUAACGUCCAAGUCUAUCUCAGUGGUGUAUUGUUUAAGUAGUUGAUGGUAAAUGGUAAGAAUAUGCAAUUUUGGGUAACACUUUAUAAUAACAUUCAGUAAUAAACCAUUUGUAAGGCAUUUACAGUUUGUAAGACAUUUAGAAUUUACAGUCUGCUCACCAUUUAAUAUUAAGGCCACAUUUGUGAAAUGUUACUUAGCUUGGUAUUCUGACAUUUAUAAAUAACUUCUACAGUAUAUGCAUUAAUUAUUCAACACAACAGCGCAGGAGACAGUUGCAGACAUUUCAACCUCAACAUACUGGGUAUUAACACUUCCAAAACUCUCACUACUUCACUGCUGAAAGGUCAGGGGUCACACCAGAGCAGCUCUCUCGGAAGCUGUUUAGUGUGAAUGAAUAUGGAGAUUGGGUAACACACAAAUCAUUUCAUAAUGUAUAAUAAUGUAUUUUCAUAAGAUGUUUAAUAAAUGUCUAUGAACCAUUAAAUAAUCAUUAGUAAGUCGUGAGAGUUUUGGACUCUCUGCAAGUCGUUUUGCAGUCCCUAAUCUAAAGUGAGGACUAUUCGUACUUUCUAAUCAUUUAUAAAUGUUUUGAACAGGGACCAGUGUAGUUCAUCACAAACAGAUGGACAUGCUAUUGGUAGACAUUUCAGCAGUACCUGAUGCUCCUUAAGUUCUCAAAAUGACCUAGAACGAAUCAAUGGGUAUUAAACAAUAAGCACACAACACAGAGGAUGUUAAAGGAAAUGUAUUGAAUUUUUUUUUUCAAAACAGUCACACUGUUGUAGUAGUGUGCUGAAGAAUGCUAACAUUAUUGUUUGUUGGCAGUGACUACCAAAACCAAAGUGUGGACUGCAGUCACUCAUUAGAGCAGUUCAUAGACUGCUUACAGGGUAAUGGAACCAAUAUCUAAAUACAUAAUUCAACUGAACAUUAUGUUUAAAGGGUUACUACCUUUAAUACAUUUACAAGUGAAGGUGUCCAAAUACUUAUGACUUCUUUAAAUUGGGGGAAUAGAUACAGAAGAUGUUUUCAUUUCUAAAUGGGAAAACAGAUAUAUAUGAAAAUUCUCUCAAAUAAAAAAGUUGCAUUCAGAGUUUUACACCCACUGGGCAUACACUAGUUGAAUCAACGUUGUUUAUUUUUCAACCAACAUGGUGUAGACAUUGAAUUGACGUCUGUGCCCAGUUGGCAGGGACUGCUUUCAGUAUAUGUUGGCCAUAGGAUGGUACUGUAGUAUACAAUCUGUGUCUGAGAAGGAUGACUUGACUCAUUCUAUAUGAAAGAUAAUUAUUUAUGUUCUAUUAAGACAACAUAUAUCUGAACUUUAUGUGUAAGGUGAAAAGUGUGCUUCUUCCAAACUGAGAAGAGACCAUCUGUCUGAAUAAUACCAAAGCCUUUUCAUUACAGAAAACUCCCUGAAUACAGAUUAUUCAGAAAAUAUUCAUACCACUAUAUUUAAUCCUAAUUUUAUCUUGUUACAGCCUGAAUUUAAAAUGUAUGAAUACACUGUUUUUCUCAUCAUCUACAUGCAACACCUCAUAAUGACAAAGUGAAAACAAUGUGAAUGCACAUUAAAUACAGAAAUAUCUCAUUUACAUAAGGGUCCUAUUUUAUAUCACAAGCAGCUUAUAAAGGCUUCAUAAAGACUUCAUAAAGCGUUUAUAAACACUACAUUAAUGUGUCACAAAUCAUUAUAACCACAUGUCAUCCUCUAUGAAGGGUUCACUGUAUGUAUGAAAAUACAUUCAAAUAAAAGCUGACAUUCUAUAACAUCAACUCAAAUGAAAAAAGUGAAAAUUAUGUAAAUUACAUAUUUCUGUAUUUAUUUUGCAAUACAUUUGCAAAAAUGUCAAAAAAAAUGUUAUCACGUACAUGUGGCUUUUAACUAUGUGACAUGAGCAUUAAUGUCAAAUGUGACAUAACCCACUAAGUCAAAUGGGAAAUAAACCUGUGCUUUAUAAAGGGUGGCAUAAGCUAUGCUUAAUAAAGGAUUUAUGAAUCAUAUGACAUUGAGGCAUCACAAAGCAUGUAUUACCUUGUCAUGCAUUUCAGUAGAGCAUUGCAAUACCAGGAUAGAUGGUUUGAUUGCCGGGACCACCCAUAGGUAAAAUUGUAUGCACAAGUGACUGUAAGUCGCUUUGGAUAAAAGCAUCUGCUAAAUUGUAUGUAUUAUAUUACUCUAAAACAUUUCUAGGAUGACCCAACCUCUUUCCCUCUUGGGUGCAUACACAAUAUUGGGACCUGACCGCAACUUUCUCCAAAAUGCUGUGCAGCAGGAAGACACACAACUUUCUGUUUUUUUCAUCUAAUUCCGUUUUCUUGGUUUAUUUUAUUCAGCUUUCAGAUAUUUCACUUUUUUCUGAUUUUAAAAACCUUUUUAUUUAUUUAUAGAAAAACAACUACAUUGGAAUAUCUGUGUUCACAACAAUGCUUAAACCACAUCAGGGGAUUACUUUUCAGUUCUGGUAUAAAUCUGAGAAAUGUUUGUUUUUUAGUGUAGUUAACCUUUAAUUCAGUGUGCAUUGGCUAGAGAUGUCAGGGUGUUACGUCUCUUCCUGCUCCAUCUGUGCCCAGUGUAAGACGCCCAGAAACCUCCCUUAUGGAAAGUGCCUUUCCCUGCCGGUUCCACAUUGAAACUGGUCUCACCUCUUGGUGGACUUUGUCACUGACCUGGUUCCUAUUCCCCCUGAUAAGUAUGUGUAAAUAUGUGUCCUUUGUUCCACAUUGCCCUUGUCGAUUAUUGUUCCAUUUCUCUUGGUCUUGUGAGGAUCUGUGCUCUGUUGUAUAGGCUUACAUGUUACCGUGUGUCACGUUCUGACCUUUAUUUCCUUUGUUUUGUAUUGAUUUAGUAUGGUCAGGGCGUGAGUUGGGUGGGCAGUCUAUGUUUGAUUUUCUAUGAUUUGGGGAUUUCUAUGUUUCGGCCUAGUAUGGUUCUCAAUCAGAGGCAGGUGUCAUUAGUUGUCUCUGAUUGAGAAUCAUACUUAGGUAGCUUGGGUUUCACUGUAUGUUUGUGGGUGAUUUGUCUAUGUUGAUUGCUUGUUUCAGCACAGUUCUCAUUAGCUUCACGUCGUUAUUUUGUUCAUUGUUUUUGUGUAGUGUUUCAGUGUUCAGUGUUUUCUUUAUUCAAUUUCAUGAUGAGCACAUACCACGCCGCAUUUUGGUCCUCCGAUCCAUCUCGCCUCUCCUCUUCAGAUGAAGAGGACGACCGUGACACCUUGUCAGUGUGCACUUGUUAUUACGGGUCUUGACCCAUGUAUUCUUUAGAUGUUUACACCUUUUUUUUUAUUUUUUAUUUUUUUACAACACUGUGUUUAAUAUACAGUUGAAGUUGGAAGCUUACAUACAUUUAGGUUGGAGUCAUUAAAACUCGGUU